GACAUUAGCCGGCAAAAUUUCGCACACGUGUUUGGUGUUCGUUGUUUGGUUGUCAAGUGUGCUAAGCGACGACUCCUCUAUAUAAAUAAUAAACAAUGUGAUUGAUUCGAAUUUGUGUAUCGUAGCAACCAAUGCAUUUAGCGGUGCUUGUUGACGUCUCUCGUUUUCCGUUUCGUUUUCGUCUUACAGCGCGCACAAAUCAAGUAACAAUCCUGCUUACAACAACUGAAAAAGCAAUCCAAAAUGAGUUUCGAAUUGGACAUACAACAGAUUUGCACCGAUCUGGAAAGCACUGAUCAUCGCAAGCGUAGCAGAACGCUACUCACACUGCGCGAGCAGUGCGAGCAGGCGCCUCAAUCUGUUCCGACUGACGCUAUCGCAGCCGAAUUUGAUGAGCUUUAUCUGCAUCUGUUAAAAUGCUAUGACGAUCGAUAUGAGAGUGUGCGUGAUCGCGCCGUUUUGGCUGUGAGCGCAUUUUUGAAUCGCUUGCCGCCCUUAGAUUUCCACCUGCUCAACGUGGUGUCGACGCUGGCCGAGCGCAUGGGGCAGACGGAGACUGUGGAGCCAAGCGAGGAGAUCCGUCUGCUAUACGUUGAGCAACUGCAUCUGAUGCUGCGCAAAUACGCGCUCAUGGGCAAUGUUGGCGUGUUUCGUGAGUGCUACCCACAAGUGGUCAAGGUGCUCAUAAAAUCCAUCAAAGAUGCAUAUGCGGCAGUGCAGCGGGAAGGAUGUGCCACACUGGUGCAGCUUGCUCGUGUGGCAGACACCGUUGAGUUGCGCCCGUUCACUGACUCACUAGCAGUGGCUCUGUAUGGAAUGCUAAAUCAUAGACAUUCAGCUGCCCGCAUUUCAGCUGUGGAGGCCAUAGGCCGGGUGAGUUUACACCUAGAUCCAAGCGGCGAAGGUAUGCGCCGGCUCCUGGCAGAGGUGUCUCCACUGCUAAUGGAUUCGAUGCCCUUGGUGCGUCGGGAAUGCGGUCAAAUGGGGGUGUUAAUGUUGCUCGAGCUGCCAGAUCGCUAUUCGUAUUUUGAACGUAUCCUUCCCUUGGUACUGUGUUGCCUUAAAGAUGAUUCACCGGAAGUCUUGGCGUACAUACGCCCACUUUGGGAGAAAUGUGGAAACCUAUAUUAUGAAGAGAACGAAGCGGAGUUGUCGAAACAGGAGAUAUGCGAUUUGCCCGUGGAGAACUAUCCGGCCAAUGUACAGCGUCCCACAAUCGGCUGUCGAGGCUUGGUGCAGCGCUCUCUGCGCCUACUGCAGCUCAUCACGCGUGAGACCAGCGACUGGAAGGAGAAUGUGCGUCUGCAUUCGCUAAAGCUACUCUAUCAAUUCAUUCUGCACGCCGAGGCUUCCAUGACGGCCAAGUUCUUUGAGAUCUAUCCACAUGUAUCGCAUGCCUGCUGCGACGCUGAGCCCGUUAUCGCAGCUGAAGCUAAAAAGGUAGCUGAUCUGUUGGGUCGACUGCUGUGCUAUGGUGCAUGGAUCAAUCAUGGCUUUGAUGGCUUGGAGCGCAAUGCACGGGAAUCGUUUCUCAAGUGUUUCUACUACAUGUUCACCGCCUCCUUGGGCGGCACCUAUGAACAUCUACAGCGACUGGCCAAGCUACUAAGAUGCACGGAUUACUCGCACACCCUUAAACCCGGUUUUCAAUUGUACAUACUGAAAAUGUUGGACACGAUAUUGGACAAGUGCAGCAAGGUUACAGCCUCAAUGGAGGAGCUGAAAGAGCUAUAUGAGAACGUUUAUGUGACGGCCAUGAAGGUAAUGGCCUUGUCCUACGCCCUAAACAGCGAUGACACCGAAGACGUGAAACGAGGUCAAAUGAUUUUAGAACGUCUUGUCCAGCUGGAGGAGACAACGCUAGAUAAGCUACACGAGAGUUUGUUCGGCAUCGUGCUACUUGAUGUGGAUAACCUAGAUGCUGCGCUUGACGAGAACGCUGAGCCUGUCUUGUUGCUGUACGGCCUCAUCCACUUGGGCCAAAUUAGAUCCACAUAUUUACCGCAGCUCAUCGAGAAGAUCAAGCUGGUUUUUGAACAUUGUUGCGACACGGCCCAGGUGCGCAUCUUUAGUAUUCUUUCGAUAGCUGCGCUCUCCUGGUCAGAAACUGUGUCCGUGGAACGGGAGCAGAGCACACAGCUACUGAGCAAUUUCAUUACAGAAAUUGUGGAGCCUCAUUUAUCGUGGAGGGCUGGCGCCCAUGGCGAGGCCAUGCGCUCCAUGGCCAUGGCAACACUUUGCGCAGUAGCCCAAGGCGCCAAAGAGGAGGCUCGUGAAGUUCUGCCUUCGGUCGCCAGUCAUAUGCCAAGCUUGCUAGAGGAUCGCAAUGUGACAACGCGUCAUUACGCUAUUAAAGCGAUGUGCUACUUUCAGGGCAUGUCGGUGGAGGCCCUGAAGCCACUGGCCUAUGCAACCAUGCAGCGCAUGGAUGAUCCUUCAGCCGGUAUUCGCGUCAUUGCAGCCACAGCGGUUGGCAAAUUACGUCCUGUAUUCAAGAGUGAAGGGGAGGAUAAGGAAGUGGAAUACGAGCAUGAAGUGUGGGAGACAUUCAUCAAACGCGCUAUGGAUAUUCUACUGCUGUACCAUGAGAGUCCCGAAAAGGAGAUGCAAGCGGCUGCCCAAAGGUCGCUCAUCGAGCUGGCCAAAUUGCAUCCUGUAUCCUGGGAGGAUAGCUACCAACGCGCCUUGGGCGUGGCUAGGCGCAAGGACGAGUUGGUCGAUUUCUACGCCAAGAUGAAAAUCGAUGAUGCGACGGUGGAGACGGAAACCAAUUAGAGCUCAUGUCCCACAGCGAACACACACAAAUGCCUUAAUUUAAAUUAGUUCUGAGUGCUUAGCUAAUUCUGUAGAAUUCGGAUUUUUAGCCUGUUAUUGCGUUCCCAUUUUCAUUAAUUGCCCGAUCUGUCGAAUUCUGAGUAGCAAAUUAUUGUAAACACACUCGCCAAACGAGCAGUUGCGACUGAUGGAAUUGCAUUUAGCAUUAUGCAUCAGGCAUCAGGCAUUAAAGCAUUUACAAAUCCCAAAAAUGUAUUUUGUUUAUUUUGCCACGGCUAAAAAUUUUGUUUGAUGAAUUCGCUUUAUGAAUUGCACACAGAAAAUUGUUAUUGCAGGCGGCACAAAUUGCAUCUUAAAGCACAAAUAAAUCGAAAUUUGGGUUAACGGCUAAAGAGAAAAGUACGCAAGCUCCAGAACACUGAUAUUAAAUAUGAAUUAAUAUAUGAAAUG